AUGGCCAAAAAGUCAAAACAGUCGUUGCCAUUGCACAAAGUCAUCAUGGUCGGCUCUGGUGGUGUCGGCAAGUCGGCCUUGACCUUGCAGUACAUGUACGGCGAUUUUGUUGAAGAAUACGACCCGACCAAAGCAGAUUCUUAUCGUAAAAAGGUUAUGCUGGAUGGACAAGAAUGUCAAAUUGAUAUUUUGGAUACUGCUGGUCAGGAAGAAUAUGCAGCUAUCCGUGACAAUUAUUACCGGUCGGGAGAAGGCUUCUUGUGUGUUUUCUCUGUAUGCGAGCAUGAAUCAUUUGAGCAUACUCAAGAAUUCCGAGAUCAAAUCUUGCGUGUAUUGGAUGAUGAUACGAUACCAUUUAUUCUCGUUGGUAACAAGGUGGAUUUGGCUCAUUUACGCAAGGUGCCAUCUAGCGAAGCACAACAGCUGGCGCAGGAAUGGGGUUGCCCUUAUUUGGAGACAUCUGCCAAGACAAGACAAAAUGUGGAUGAAGUUUACACCAUGUUGAUGCGAAGUAUCAGGGAUCGAAAAGCACAGAUGAACAUGGGAGAUGGUAAAUCAAAGAAGGGCAAGUGCAUUGUUAUGUAA